AUGUGGCNUUCAUCAUAUCGUGAACUAUGUGAUAAAUUUAAAUUGUCAAUUGGUGCUGUAUCGAACAUCAUUAAACGCAAAAGAGAAUAUAUAAGUGAUUAUGAAAUUAAUCAUAACAAAAAUGUAAAGAGAAAAAUUAGUCAUGAUUUUAGUCAAAGAAUAAAUGAAUCAGUUUAUGAAUGGUUUGUUUCACAGAGAACCAAGAAAAUACCUGUGUCCGGACCUAUUUUACAAGCAUAUGCACGACAGAUUGCUAAAGAAUUAGAUGAUGCAUCAACGUUCAAAGCCAGCAAUGGUUGGUUAGAAAGAUUUAGAGUUCGUUAUAAUAUAAAUUUUCGUGUUAUAUCUGGUGAAGGUGCUUCUGUUGAUCAAAAUAUAGCUGAUGAUUGGAAAUCACGUUUAUUAACAAUUCUUCAAGAUUUUAGUCCAGCUGAUAUUUACAACUGUGAUGAAACAAGUCUCUUUUACAAGCUCAUGCCUAAUCGUUCACUUGUUAUUGAUAAAGACGAUUGUAUUGGUAAAAAAAAAUCUAAAGAACGUUUUACAGUAUUAUUGUGUGCAAAUUGGUUGGGCACCCAUAAAUUAAAGCCGAUAGUGAUUGGUAAAGCAGCAAGACCACGUUGUUUCAAAAAUCUUGAUUUAAAAAAAUUACCUAUUGUUUGGCAUAAUAAUCGCACAGCGUAG